CCACCUCGGGCUCGCGGGCUGGCGAUUCCUUACGGGCAUGUUGCUUGGGCCAGCCCAGUCCCUCAGGCUCCCAACGCUGGAAGCUUGCAGCCGGGCUAUGGAGCCCUGUUUGGUCCACUGUCCUCCGAGCAGUCCACAACGGUGGACUUGCUCUUAUAUAUAGCUUCAGUAGUGGGUUUCUUUGGUUCAUGUCGUACAUGGUGGUUAACCAUGUUUUUCACGGUGGAUCACCUUCUUUGAUUGGUGGAGCAUGAGUUAUAGCAGGGGGAGAGAAAGGGUUAAUUGGUAUUCUUCCUGUUCAAGAUGCUGCCGAGGCAGCAACAGUGGACUCUCUGUUGUCUCUAGGUGAUUUUUGCUUAUUUCUGCAUUUGUUACGGAUGAGUGGAUGCCUAUGAUUAAGUGAAAGUGAAAUCUAAGAGGUUUUUUUAUUGUUAUUGUUGGGAAUUUGCCUAAUUUUAGGAAUGGGAAGUGAUUCUGGUGAACGAAGCUCUAGAGUUCAAGUUUGUACUCAUCUCUCAUUCUUCCUCUCUCUCCUUCUCUACUGGAAAAUCCAGUCUUUCAUCUUCCUCGGCUCUUCCUUUCUCUCCGCUCCCCGUAUCUCUCUCCUUGGAGCCUACAAACCAAGUCGUGACGUUCGACAAGCUUCAAACAUGCUGGACGCGUACUGGAGAAGGGGCAGUUCUGUCCGUUGCGGAGACGGGGGAGUAUGGGGGUAGGGGAGAGGAUUUUCGGCAGGGAGAUAUGGGUUUAGGGAGAAAGAGUAAGGGAGAAGUAUGGGGUAGGCUGAUUUCCAGGGAUUUCCUUUUACCCCUUCACUCACCACGAACCCAUCUUUCUCUUCGUUUCUCCCACCCUCAAAUCUUCCGUUUUCCCUCUCGCAAAAUACCUACCAAGGAAACCCUGCUUUUGGUUUAUUUUGGGAUUUUGUUUGUGCUCUCGAUUUUCAGACGAGGGGCCAAUUGGUUGAGAUUUGGAUUUCUCCCCUUUUUGUCGAAUAGCUGCGUGCGUCUACUCUUUUCAAGGAAACAAUGCUUUUUGCUUUCUACAACCGUUUGGAGAAUGCACGACUUGAGGAUCUCAGACCCAAGACAUUGUUUUCAGGGGACAGACAGAAGUCUCAGGCAGCGGUCUCUCUGUAAUCAUCGCCGGGAAAAUAUCAUGGUCAUUUUGAGUUCAGAUUUAGACAACAUGUGGUCUAUGCAAUAUAUCCAUAUAUGGAUCAAUGCUAUGGACUAUUCUCAACCUAUGGACCUCAAAUUUCACUUAAAUGUGUCUUAUUCAUGUAGUCAAGGCUGGUGCAUUAAAGUCCGGCAGCAACACGCGGGCAGUGGCAGAGCCAGCACGGGGUCAUUGGUUGUCAUUGACCCCAAUAACUUAAAAAACUCUAUGUAUAUUUGCUUGUAUAUUGUAUUUGACCCCAACAAACAACUAAGGCAAACUAAAUUACGACCUCCUCGUCCCACUUCUUCUAUUUUCUUCUAUCAUAUUUGUCUUCUUUUUCUAUCUUCUUGUAUGAAAUCAUUUAGUUGAAAAGCAUUGAAAGUCUUCAACAUUACUCCACGGUAUCUUACAUCCACCCUCGACAAGCCUGUACAAGUAAUAGUAGUUGUCGACAUAUGUUGAUAUAAAAUUUUGGCAUGUGUUGGCAAGAA